GCCCCGUCUCUUUUCUCUCGCCUAACAACACUUACCCACACGCCUUUCAUCUUCUUCUAUCUCUACCCUCUUUCUCACUUAUAUUUUUCUUCUUCUAAUCGCCAUAGCUCUUACUUUGCAAUAGAAGCUGUACAGUUAAACUCAAAGGUUUCAUUAAUUUUCUUGUUUGUUCGAAAGAGAAAGAAAAGAUGAAUCACUGGGCGGUCCAGCAGCCAAACGUUUUCGCUGAUCAGAGUGUUGUUAUUUGCCCUAAACCACGUCGUUUUGCUCUCUCUAACCCUGUCGUCUACGAACAACUCCACCACCACCAUCCCGCUCGCUCUCUCCGUUGUUACUUCAGCCAUCAACAAGUGGAGGUAUGUGAAUCCGAGGCAGAGACUGAUAUCUUAGAUAUCAUACUCUCAAAGGAUGCAUAUGAUCAGGCUAAGGUAUUAGACUCGCCGUCCCCGUUUUUAUGUGGGUCGCCGCCGAGCAGAGUCGCUAACCCUUUAACACAGGAUGCUCGUUUCAGAGAUGAACUCUCACUGGUCUCUUCACAUAUCCCUACUCCGCUGGGCCAGCCUCAGUCCUCUUCAGGGAGGAAAGGAGGGUGUGUUAGAGGCAGUUUUGGUAACAGCCCAGCGGUUAGGGUCGAAGGGUUUGAUUGUCUCGACAGGGACAGUAGAAAUUGCAGCAUCCCUGCCUUGGCAUGAGAGCCCAACCUCAAAAACGACCAACCACAUACUCUGUUUAAUUAGCUCACAAAAAAAGACAAUUAGUGCGUCGUACAUAAUGAGUUAAGGAUAUGGGGAAUUUGUUGAAAAUCUUUGAGGGAAGUUGAGAGAGCGCGAUAGAUCGAUCCUUUUGGUGUUUUUAAGAGUGUAAAUAGGUGCAAUUUUUUGGGUUAAGUUUGUAGGCAGGGUCAUUCUGUAAAAAGAGUGUUUAGGCAGAAGUUAUGAGAGGAGAGAAUAAAAGGAUUAUUAGGUUUUGGAGAAAUAUAAUAUCUGAAAGGUCAGGUUCUUGUGUAAAUAGAGAGAAAUAGAAAUGAAGUUUUAAAUUUAUUUUUUCUUUUGGUUCUGAGUCUGUUUAUGAAGAAUAUGAGAAAAAAAAAUUUGUACAAAAGGAAAGAAAGUCAAAUGGUAAUAGUAUUUUGCUUUGAAAUAAAAUUUUAUUACUUUUUUGUUGUCACAGCAAAUUUUAUUACUUCUAAACAAAAUGUUGUGGUUGAGAUGA